UACAAAUUGAGGUUAAAAAAAAGAUCUAUUCGGAGUAGACCAUUGCAUGUUUUUGUACUUCUGCAAGAGGUUCGAGGUCCGCUGAGAAGCAUGACAGCGAGCUCCGAGUUAUCCGCUGCAUUGGCGGACUUGUAGUCCGACUCCGAGGCGGCGCCGCUUCCGCCGACGGCCUCUCCGAACGGAGGACUACAAUUCCCACAACUCCCCGCGACAGCUAUUGCGAGGGGGGUGCAGGGGUGGGGAGAGGCCGGGUCAGCUGGUUGGAGGUGAGGUCGAUGCGUUAAUGGAAGGCGGGAAAUGAAGGUUAAAGUCGUCAGCUGAAGAAAGGUGGAGGAAAAAGAGGAAUUAAAAUACACCCGCAGUGGCCUAUGGUUUUCGGAGGCGAGAUGGCGGCGUCCGGCCUGUGGAGGACACGGAAGCCAUGAAGCGGCGCAAGUCCCUGGCUCCCGGCAGAGGCAGCCAGGUCAUUACGAAAUUCUUCACACCAAGUCCAGUCACAGGUUGGAAAUGAUAGAUUAAUUUUGGGCUCACCACGAAAAGGUGGCACAGAUGGCACUUCUCUGUUACAGAAUGCUGAACCAUUUAAGAAACAUGGCAACAAGACGCCUUCAUUUAAAUCCAAACGAUCCAUGCAUUUGCCCUCGCCUCAGAGAAGUCCUGUGCUAGAGGCUUUUGUGAAAGGUGUCUUAAAGUCAGACAAAAGAGGAAAGAUGGGUGGUGUAGUUAAAUGCCAGGUUACCCAUUAUCCUGGUUCUCCACGUGUGAUAGUACGAAGACUGUUUUUGCCUUCAAGUCAGUAUCCUUCAGAAAGUGUUAUUGUACAGGACCAAGGAGAAGCCAUUAAACAAUCUUCUCAUACUGAAGAUGCCUCGGCAAGGCAGAACAAUAUGUGUUUCAAAUGCAAUACAGAUGACUGUAGAAGUACAGCUUUAUGGCAGCGGUCAUUACCCAAACGGUUGCCAUCACCACCGUCACUUGACGUCUUAAAGUUUUCUGAUGACUCAAACAACUCAGUAGAUAUGCCCUGGUACAAGAGACCUCGAUUAUCCACUAGAAGGCUCCAGAAUGGAUUAUUCAAUGAUAAUUUUCAGAGUACCCUUCAAGCCUAUAAGAAGGCACGAGAGUUGAGGAAAAUCAGGCUGCAAAAAGGAAAGCAUUCUUAUUCUUCACCAGAUCCUUAUUCAGACAGGACAAUGAAUCAGAGUACCUUGAAGCGAUCGUAUUCUUUGCCUUCGACAUCAUUAAAAGGGAGUAGCAGCAUUUCCACACAGAAUGAUGCAGUUUUAAAACUCGUAACAAAGUCCCUGCCUUCAGGCUCUCUGAAAAUUUGUAGUAAAGAGGCAGUGCAGCGACACCAUUCCUUCCCUGCUUGUACAGAUAAGAAAAGCUCGAUGAAUGCCUUGAAAGCCAGAUUUCCAACCAGCCUGCCCAUCUCGUGCUCAAAGGAGAAAGGAAAGCAUAAUUCAAUAGAUGAGGGCAUUCAGAGAAAGAAGUCACAGCAACUGGAUGCUCCUUUCCCUAAGAAAAUCUGUGAAAGCAGGAUCACCGGUGUGACUGAAAAUAUUUGCAAUGGAGUAUUGAAAGAUCACAAUAAUGGUGUGUUGGAAAAUGAGAAUACAGUCCUAGAGGCUGAUGAAUUUCCAGAAACUGACUGUUUGCCUUUAGAUUCAUUGCUGGAUGAGAAACUAUCCAGUCAUCUCUCUCCAAAUUCAUACACAAGGCUGCCUGCAGAGGAUAAAGUCAAGACAGACCUAGACAGUGCAAUUUCUUCUAAAGAAAAUAGAUCUGGAUUCUUGGGUAGACACCCUUUGGUUCCAUUGGAUAGCAAAAGGACGCAAAGACUUGAAUCUAGUUCUUUAGCUGUUUUGCCUUUGGAUGAGGACUCUAGGUCUUCAUUACGUUCUCAAGAGAAGAGACAGUUGGAACCAUACAGUUCUCUCCCAUUGUCAGACAGUACUAAAGCCUUUGAGAAGAAACAGCAAAACAGUUACAGUGGUAUGGACAGUGACGAUGAAAUCAGCUUCAGUUUAGAAAGUGAUGAAGAUGAUACCUUAUUGGCUUUGGAUGAUCUCCUGAGUUUACAGAACAAACCAAUAUCUGCCACACCAGAAAAAUCCGACAUUUCCUUUAAGUCAUUGGCCCCGACCACGCCAGUAGCUUUGACAACAUUAAAAAAUAGCAGACAGACAAAUUAUUCAAAUGGUUUUGAUCGUCUCCUUAAAGAAAAGCAGCAGUCAGAGAGACUGGGCGAAACACUAAAGGACCUUAAAAGUAUGCAGGAUCAACUCAGUGAAGCACAUGACAUUGGUUGUCUAACUGAGGAAGAUGAUGAACACAGCAUGGAUGAAGGCAUGGAUCAAAUUACUGUGGAACACAGGGAGUUCUUAUGCAAAUUCUCUGUAAAAUCUGAUGGAAUACCGGACUUGCAUCCUGGAGAAAAGAUUUUCAACGUAUUGGAGGCUGGAAAACAUUUUAACCAGCUCAAUCUCAAAUUGACUCAGAGUGAACUAACACCUCAAAACCUAGUGGAGAAAACUCUCAUUAGUUCUGGAACAAGUCAGCAGAUAUUUUUAUUCACUAAUGGGAUUGCAAGCCAAACCUAUUAUGCAUCACCAUGUCCAGAGCCAGUUUACAAGUUCUUAUUUAAGAUGAUGAGCAUUCAUUCUGAUUACAUUGUUUCACUGCAUAUUUUCAAAUCACUUUGGGACAUCUGGACUAAUGCUGCCAAUAGACUAGUUAACGGUGGCUCCAGUGAGUUCAAGAUUUGGACUCCAAGUCUCAAGGAUGUAGUGGCUGUAUUUCUCAAUCUAGGGGCAGAGUUUGACACUUUGUUUCCCCUGAGAAACCUUCAACCAGACUUCACUGAAGCAGACAUAUUGUCUGGGCUACAUAAUGAUAAAGAAAACUACUCCAGGGAUAAUGUGUCAACCUCUCAGAAAGAACCCAUCUUCAAUACUCUGCCAGAAUUUGGCAUAAAGAAUGUAGUUAAGUUUCUUCUGCUGUGUACCUCCACUUGCCUUGAGGUGUACUCUGAUAAAGAGCUAGUAUUGCUGAUCAGCUUGUUGGGUAGAGUUAGCCUUGAACAAGAGCUACAGCUAACGCCUCUGAAGGACUUGCAGUGUUUGUUGGACAAUCUUCUCAACAACAUCAGGCACUGGAGCACCAGGAUGUUCGAACUCUGCAAGAUAAUAAGUGACUUAUCAGAUCAUCAUCAUAAUCUUCUAUACCUGGUUCAGCUGCUGCCUGAUUUCUGUACGCGAGGAAGGCAACUCAGAAGGCACCUUAGUUUGGUGGUAAUUUCAAAGCUUCUUGACAAAGGACAUAUGUAUAUACCAAAGGACACAGAUUUGAAGAUCUCUAAUCUAUGUCGAUUCUUGUACAUGAUGAAGCCAUCUUCUUUGUUGAAAACUAUUGAAGAGGAAAAUAAAUCCAAACAGGGGGAGGAGCAUCAGGCAGUCCCACUUACCGAACUGGAUCAGCAGGCAUAUUACCUGUGCUACAACCUGCUGGUUUUGGCAAAUGAGGUGCUACAUACAGAAGAUGUUCCUCCCAAUCAACGGGGCCAUCUUAUACAGCUGUGCGCUGAAAUAGAAAAAUACAUCAAAUGUGACAUAAGGGAGGACCCCAAACUACUUUACCGAAGCAAGGUGAAAGAUUUAGAAGCAAGAACACAUGCAAAAUGGCAAGAGUUGCUGCAGCGUUCUCGGCCAGUUCAGGGAAAACUUCACGAUUAUUGGGAACCCUUGUGUGAAGGUCUGAAUCACCCCAGUCAGUCACGCAUUAUUGAUGAGGAAAUGGAACACUAAACAGUUCAAGAAUUUUCCAUUGGUGAUAAAGAUUUGGACCUUGCUUAGUAAAAUUUAUAAUAAUGUCUUUUUAUGAUUUAUAAAGCUUUCCUUUAGUUAUAUAUAAAUGUUCAGACCUGAAUGAGUUUCUGUCAGGGUUCCUACCCUUGCACAUGAAAUUACAUGUGGUCUGGUGUAACCUGUAGAUUUUGUUAUAGAAGUUAAUGUUUUUGAUAUUUUAGCUCUGUAUCAAAAGAUGUAUCAAAAAUAUUUUGUGAUAAUGUUAGAGAUGAGUUUAUUUAUGUAAGUGCAGCCACAUUUACAGUGUUUUGUAGUAUCAAUUUUAUCACUGUACAUAAAAGUUUACCCCUUUUUGUAAUGUUCUCAAUUUUAUUGAACUUUGGUAUUUGUAUCAAUUGAACUUUUGAAAUGUUCAACUUGAAAGUAUCUUUUUAUUUCUUUAUGCCAUUUGAAAAUCAAAUACCAAUUAAAUGGACGGUUUCUCAUGAAAGAUUCAAUGAAUUCUCUGACUUGGUACGCUGAAAAUCAUGCAUGUAUUGAAGCUGCCUUUCUCUCUUUGUGGAACCUUUAAAUUAAUUGUGUUCAUUGAGUUGCAUAUAUCUCUUUCACCAUUCUUACCAUAGUUUUAAAUAGUAGCAUGUAGCAUCAGCUUACAUUUUAUAGUGAUCAAGUAUGGAUAGGAUUUUUCACCUUUUUUUCUUCUAUCCUCUCCAAAGAAUUUUUUUGGCUGUUUGCACUAGUUUGUGCUAAGAUGAUUGUUGUUGUGUGAAACAGCCAUUCCCGCCAUUAAUUUAUACAUUGUAUAGAAUAAAAGGCUAGUAAAGUGAGUUAUCUGGCAUUAACAUACCUACUGGUUCUUCAAUCUCAAACUUUAGGAGAAAUGUCACAGUUGUGUUUUUAUUUAUCACUUGAACCUUGGCUGUGUUUUUGCUUUGCAACUCCUUUAUUUAGCCCUUAAUUUAUGAAUAAGUUGUACAUUUAUAUCUGCCUCCUUUCCUUAAGGGAUGCAAAUGAAAGAAUUUUGAUUUAUAGACAAUUUAUAAGAUUACUAAUUGUCAAUGGAGAGUAUUAAGUGCUUUGUUUUGUUUAUGGAAAAUGCUGGAGUAUUCACUACCUGUCUCUUGUAUUUAUACGUGUUUUCCAUAUUAAGUAGUGCAGGGUGAUAGAAUUUCCAAUUAAAGCAUUUCUAAAGCAGCAAACCGCUGCAGCUCAUACUUGUCUUUUAAAGGAAAAAGAUAUGAUUGAUUUAGAACUUUCAAAACUGAGCUAAGGCCAUAAACUAUAUAUAUAUAUAUAUACACAUAUAUAAAAAUGUUAAUAAAAGUCAUGAUCAUAAAUACCUCCUUUGUGGUUUGUACAGAUCAGAAAUGCUGCCUAUUGAAAUCAGUUUUCAUAUUACAUGGUUUGGAGGUUUGGCCCCCAUGACCUUUCUUGCCCACAGCAACUUGGUUUUGCACCUCAGGUUUGGAGAGGAAAGAAUUGUGACCUGUUUGAAGAGUAUUAGUCAAGUUAGACCUCGUCUCCGUGGGCCUUGGAGACAAAAUGUGGCUUGUGAGAUUUUGGGAAUCUUUUUAUAAUAAUGGUAUGAUGCCAUCAUAUGUUUAGAACUUACCUCUGCCUUUUUGCUUGUUUUCUCAGGCAAGAAGCUAUGAUCUGGAAGGAUUAAAGAGAUGAACAUCUGUGGGUUAAUGCUAGUCAAGCUAUUUAACACCACCCUCCCCCUCUCCCUUGAAGCAGCUUGGCAAAACACUUCCUAUGAGAGGAGAUUGGAUGUCUAAUGGAUGGGCUUAAACUUAAGUCAGUCUGACUAUGUAAUCUGUUUCUCUAAAUUCAAACUUUCCACUGUAAAUUGUUUUAACGGAUUUCUUAGAAAUAAAAUAGUUUUGAUUAUGGUGCGUUUGUUUAGGAAUAGAUUCUGGUAUGGCAUCAUGGUGUACAGAAUAAGGGGGAAGAUCUGCUGUCCAAUAUGGGCCAGCUGUGCUUUGCAAAUUACCAGUUUAUGGUCUGGCGUUUCACAUUAAAGUCUUUAACCAAAGAAAACUUAAGUUCUGUCUUGUUAGUUGAGCUACCUCAGGACAGGACUGAAUCUUUGGUCAAAGAACUUGUCCUCAGGAAAUAUCUGUUAUAAUUCUGUUGCCCUGCACUUGAUACUUCAGAAAUGUGUAAGAGACUUGAAUAUUAUUGUUUUGCUUUAACACAAGGUUGAGAUGCACAAAAUUAUGCUGUUUAUAUUUUUUUUAACUGAGUCCUUUCUACAGAAUUUUCAAGUUAUUUUGGAAAAUAAAUUUUCAG